UAUAACAUAUGUAACACACAUGUACAGUAUUGACACUGUAAAGCAUUGUAGAAUGUAAUAAGAACAUUAAUUAUAAUAGAACAUGCGAUAUACAUAUGUGUAUCGUGAUAUAAGAAACAAAGUACAAAGUAAUCAGUUAUGAGUUUAUUCACACUCUAUUUUUUUGUCCUUGUAAUUUGUGCAGUGGACCAAAGUAUUGUGGAAAUAUAUAGAGUAACAUGUAGCAUUGCUGUUGUAUGCUUUCUUGGUAUGAGUGUACUUCUUUAAUAUUGAACAAUAAAGAAUUAUAUAUUGGCGAAAAAAAUGGUUGCUCAUUCUGCAAAACUGAUAUGUGCAGAAACGAUAACAAUCUCUCAUUAGUCAUAAAUAGCUUAAAAAUUGCGUGCAGACACGUCAACACCUCCCUCAAGGGGUUUCCAUGGUAAUGGUAGCAAACAAAACGGGAAAAGAACAGCCGACAAUGGAUAUUUCUGAGAUUAGUCAUUAUCGUUAAAAACUGGUUAAACACUUUAGGAUCAUCAUACAACAACGCAAUCAUGAAAAUUAUUACGCGCUCGUGCUUUUUUUCGCAACGUGAAAAAAAAUUGCAAUUCUAACAAGUUUUCAAUGAAGCAAUAAAGCUUACGCGAGCGAUCCAAUUUGUUGUGCCAUUGUCGUAAUAAAGUAUUUGAAUCGCGUUGCAGCGGCAUAUCAUCAGUGAUAAAAUAAGAAAAUAAAAUAUGGAUAAUGUUACGUAUGAUAAAACCGAGAAAACAAUUUUACCCGAUUCUCUGCCUGCUAGUACACUUGAAAUACCAUCGUGGUUGCUGGAAAUGACCGACAAUGUAGGAAAAAUGAAUGUAGAUAACGAUGCCAAAUUACUACAAAUGGAGGCAUUUUUGACUGAUAAUCCAUAUCAUUUUAAAAAUUCAUUUCUCAAAAAGGAAGCUGAUGAUAUAAAUACACAAGCCGGCGCAUAUUUAAAUGAUCUUUACGAUGCUGAUGACAAUAUUAAAUUACAAACAUCUGCGAGCAAAUCACUGCCAAAUACACCAAAGAACGAAGAAGUUGAAAGAAAAAAAAUGCGCGCUUGUUCUGCAGUUGUAAAUGCGAAGCAUCGUAUGAAAGACGAUUUUCGCGGAUUAGAUGCAUAUUUAGAAAAAAAGCACCUAGAAAUGCACGGCAAUUAUUUAGCGUCUGAUGAAAAUUAUAAUAACAAUGUGAGGAUUUAUGCUAAGGAAUCUAACUUGAAAUAUUCUACGAAUGUUCAAGAUCGCGCGAAUGCACGGUUACAUUUGUUGGACGAUACUUAUUAUUCUAACAGUUCCAUCUUUAGCGUACAGAAUGGAGAAGAGCCAAAAUUAUUAUCUAGCCAAGAAAUUUCUCAAUCUUUUAGCUUACUUAAAAACGAUUUCAUCAAAAAUAUAGAUCAGGCGUCAAACAAUGAUAUAGAAACAGAUGUAGAAACAGAUAAGAUUUACAGAAAUUUUAUUAUUCCCGAAUUACCAUCUGGAGACUUGUUAGUUAUCGAUAUUCUUUCUACCUGGGGCGACAAAUAUUACGUAGGACUUAAUGGCAUCGAAAUUUUUUCAAGUACCGGAGAACCGGCUAAAAUAAAAGAAAUUUAUGCACAUACGAGUCAAUCGUUGAAUAAUAAUCGUAAUCUUCACACUGUAAAUAACUUAAUUAAUGGUAUUAAUCGAACGAGAGAUGAUGCAAAUUUAUGGUUAACGCCUUAUUCAAAUGGUGAUCAUCAUUAUGUUCAUGUGAUAUUUGAAUUCACGAUUACUAUAGCAAUGAUCAGAAUAUGGAACUAUAAUAAAUCUAGAAUACAUUCCUUUAGGGGAGCCAAAGAUGUUAUAAUUAAAUUGAAUGAUAUUACUAUUUUUGAUGGAGAAAUUGCUAAAGCAUCCGGGGAUGAUAUGGGUAGUCUUGAUUCCUUUGGUGAUACUAUAUUAUUUACGACGGAUGAAAAUAUUCUGGAACUGAUAUCAAAACAUGAUAAUACAUUCAUAGAAUUCAAUAAUGGGACGGAUUGCGAGGAAAAAGAAACAAUUCGCCCGAUAACAGCAACAAUCAAUGAUAUUACUUCAGCAAGACAUAAAAGUAAUGAUUCUGUCGAGAAUUUUUCCAAUUUGUACACCAAUAGCAAAAUUUACAAUACACCUUCUACCGCUUUGUGUUGUAAAGAAGUUCAAUUAAUUAUUAUUUCUAAUUGGGGUUUACAACAUUUGGUUGGUCUUACUGGUAUAAAAUUAAUCGGAGAUCAAAAUACAAUAGUUCCAUUAGCGGACGCUAAUUUAUAUUGCAAUGUAGAAAAUACGCAUUUAACGAAUCUGAUUGAUGGACAUAAUGUUACAACUGAAAUGGAUCAUAUGUGGUUAGCAGAUGUAACAACGAAUAAAAGGAUUACAAUAACUAUUACUUUCAAAACAGAUGUGUAUUUAACAGGAAUGCAGAUUUGGAAUUAUAACGCAUCUUUGGAAUUAUCUUAUUGUGGAGUAAAACGAUUAUUAGUUAAACUGGAUGGUAAACAACUACCCGAUGAAAAUCUUGAGGGUUUCUUGUUAAGACGCGCUCCGGGAUCUUGUCAUUAUGACUUUGCUCAAGAAAUUAAUUUCGCUAAUAAUCCAUCUGCCCAAGUACACCUUUCGGAUCAACCUGUUGAUUUAGUUAAAUCGUCCGAAGAACCUACAUCUUUGGAUUCAAACUAUGAAGCUCCGUCAAUGCCGCAAGGAUUCGUUUAUCAAAUAAUAAUCUUCUCCACAUGGGGAGACUCUUACUAUGUUGGUCUGAAUGGAAUACAAAUAUAUGAUAAUUAUGGAAAUGAAAUCAAAUUAACUGCAGAUAAUAUAGCCGCAUUUCCUGAAAGUGUUAAUAUAAUAGAAGGCAUAGAUAAUGACAUUCGUACACCAGAUAAACUUAUCGAUGGAAUAAAUAAUACUAAGGACGGACGUCACGCUUGGUUAGCACCUAUACUUCCUGGACAAACAAAUCGAGUGUAUCUAAUAUUUUACCACCCUGUUAUGGUAUCAACGAUUAAAAUAUGGAAUUAUGGAAAAACGCCGCAAAGGAGAGUUAAAGAAUUUGCAAUAUUGGUAGACGAUCUGUUAGUUUACAAUGGAACUUUAGAUAAAUAUAAUUCAUAUGGACUGGUAACAUUUGUGAAAGAAAAUAGUAACAAUGAGAACCUGGUCAACUGUCCGGAACAAGAAAAUCGCCUUUUAAAUUUACAAAGGAAUACUUUAGGUGCUAACUCGUUACCAGACCCUUCUCUUCGUCCACAUACAUCUUUACAAUUUAAAUAAUCA